CAAUUAUAUCUAUAGAUAAAUGUUUAUUUUUUAAAUCAUUAAAAGAUGAUAAUAUGUUAGAAAGAAUUGGAGUUAAUGAAAAAAAUUAUUUACACAAAUUAACUGAUGAUAACAUAAAUAAUGAUAUUUUGGUUGAUUAUGUUAAAGAAAAAAUGAUGGAAGUUUAUAAGGAAACAAAUUUAAAUAGAUAUAAUAUUAUUAAUAAUAUAUAUUUAACAUCAAAAACAUGGGACACGAAUAAUUAUCUCACACCUACGCUGAAGGUUAAAAGAUUCAGUGUCUUUAAAGAUUAUGCUUUUUUCAUUGAUGAAGUUAAAAAUAUAUAUAAGAAUAAAUUAAAAGGAACUGUUGUUGUUGAUAGUAAGAAUAAUGGGGAAAAAGAAAAGAAAGAUUCAAAAAGAUUCGAAGAUAUGUCUCAUUCAAAUGAAAAACAAAAAAAUUUGGGAAAAAAUGAAAAAGAUGUUGAAAAUAAAAAGGUCAAAUUAGGAACUACACAUGGAACAGGAGAACAAGAAAUGAAUAAAUAA